AUGUCGUCCAUUCUCGAGCAGCACAACGUGCGAUUAAUCGGCUCCGGCGCGCAGCUCGUAGUCCUCGGCCAUGGCUUCGGCACGGACCAAUCCGUAUGGCAGCACAUCGUACCGCACCUCCUAGACGACUACCGCCUGCUCCUCUUCGACCUCAUGGGCGCGGGUUCCACCAAUCCCGACAACUUCUCCUUCGCGCGUUACUCCACGCUCCACGCGUACGCGGACGACCUGCUAGCGAUUCUCGACGAGUUAGACGUGCAGGAGUGCUGCUACGUGGGGCACAGCGUGUCCGGCAUGAUCGGGUGCAUCGCCGCCAUUGAACGGCCCGAUGUGUUCAAGAAGCUCGUGCUCCUCGGCGCGUCGCCUAGGUACCUGAACGACGGCGACUACUUCGGCGGGUUCGAGCAGGAGGAUCUGAACCAGCUGUUCCUCGCCAUGCAGAGCAACUUCCGCGCGUGGGUGUCGGGCUUCGCGCCGCUCGCGGUGGGGUCGGACAUCGACGCGCCCGCCGUGCAGGAGUUCAGCCGCACCUUCUUCUGCAUCCGCCCCGACAUCGCGCUCUCCGUCGCCAAGACGAUUUUCCAAUCGGAUAUGCGCGCGAUUCUCCCACAGGUGCGAGUCCCAUGUCACAUCCUGCAGUCCAGCAAGGACCUAGCAGUGCCGGUCAUGGUAUCAGAGUACAUGCACCUGCACCUGGGCGGCAAGAGCGUUGUCGAGAUCUUCCCCACACACGGCCACCUGCCGCAGCUCUCCACUCCCGAGAUUGUCAUUCCCGCUCUCAAACGCCACCUAAGAGGGAACCUCUAA